CUAGCUUCCUCAACAGAGCUAGCUAGCUAGCCUGAUCCAUCCCCAGGCCACCAUAAAAAACUACACCAAGAAUGGCAAUCAAUCAUGCUGAUGAUCACCUCUCUUUUGUUUUCGGCCUUCUUGGCAUUAUCGUCUCCUUCCUUGUAUAUCUAGCCCCAUUGCCAACCUUUUAUAGGAUAUGCAAGAAAAAAUCAACACAAGGCUUCCAAUCACUGCCUUAUUCAGUAGCUCUAUUUAGCGCCACCUUAACGUUCUACUAUGCCUUCCUGAAGACAAGUGCUCUUAUGCUCAUCAUCAUCAACUCCAUUGGGUGUGUCAUUGAAUCCACAUACCUCAUCAUGUUCAUGAUAUAUGCACCAGGGAGAGCUAGGAUAUAUACGGCAAAGCUACUUAUCUUCUUUAACUUAGCACUUCUGGGGUUGAUUAUACUUUGCACGUCGUUACUGAUUCAAGAGAGUUCUUUACGACUCACGGCUGUUGGAUGGAUUUGUGCAAUAUUUUCUGUUUGUGUUUAUGCUGCUCCUCUUAGUGUCAUGAAGCUAGUUAUAGAAACAAAGAGUGUGGAAUUCAUGCCAUUGCCACUAUCAUCCUUCUUGACAGUCUGUGCAACAAUGUGGUUCAUCUAUGGGCUAUUGAUAAAGGAUUUCUUCAUAGCGACACCAAACAUUCUAGGUUUCACGUUCGGAACUGCUCAGAUGAUAUUAUACAUUAUUUACAAGAAUUCGAAGAAACAAGUGUUGCCAGAAUCUAUGCAACAGGAUGGCGGCAUCCAAAUGAGCACAACAGAAGAGACGACAAUGGAGACUAGUGUUGAGCCAAGUGAAUCCAACGUGUGAUGAUCAUGAUCGAGCGGAUACAAAUUACAAAGCUAAGACUCCAAAUAAUAUGAUUGAGAAAAAGCAAUUAAUAUUUAGAAGCUUCUAAUUAGCCCUAGAGAUCGAAUAUAAUGGGUGUAAUUCACACA